CAAACAUCAUCAACCGGAGAAUAACUUGCUGUUUUGUCUAUCCUGCUAAUUCCUGCAAUUGCUUGAACUCAUUGGUUAUUGCGGUUAUAUAGCCUGGUUUAAUGUCCCAGAGAUAAUGUUGCUUUUAACGCUUUAACAUUUUUAAAGACAUCUGAAAUGUUUGUUUUCAUUUUCAUGUGUAUGCCGAUCGUUAAUGGUGUGUUUGGUGUUGAUUCAGAUGAAGUGAAGUCAGUGUCAGUGAUGGAGGGAGAUUCUGUCACUCUACACACAGAUCUAACUCACAUACAGAGACGCGAUUUUAUAAAGUGGAUAUAUGAACCUAAAGAAGCUCUUAUAGCUGAAUUCAGUAUACAGGCCAAUUUGACCUCUAUACGUGAUACUUAUGAUGAGAGAUUCAGAGACAAACUACGCUUGGACAAUCAAACUGGUUCUCUCACGAUCACAAACAUGAGUAUCAGAAAUGCUGGACUUUAUAAACUCACUAUUCACAGCAGCAAAGAAACCUCAUACAAGAAAAUAAGUGUGACUGUCUAUGCUCGUCUGCCUGUUCCUGUCAUCAUCAGAAACUCUUCUCAAUGUUCUUCAUCAUCAGAAAGAUCUUCAGUGUCAAAAUGUGUGUUGUUGUGUUCAGUGAUGAAUGUGACACAUGUGAGUCUCUCCUGGUACAAAGGAAACAGUUUAUUGUCCACCAUCAGUGUGUCUGAUCUCAACAUCAGACUCUCUCUACCUCUGGAGGUGGAAUAUCAGGAUACAAACACAUACAGAUGUGUCAUUAACAAUCCCAUCACAAACCACACACGACAUCUAGACGUCAAUGAACUCUGUCAGCCAUGUCCAGAACUCCGGAAUACCCUUUUCAGACAUUUCAUAACUGGAGUUGUUAUUGCUGCAACAUGGCUGUCGGUAAUCUUUGGUAUAUGUGCUGGUGUGGUCUACUACCGCUAAAGAAAUAUGCAAACAAAUGUUACCAAGCAAACAUCUGUCACUGAAUGAUAUUAGGAAAAAAAGUCUUUCAUCUGUUCCUCCUUUACACCAACCUGCUGAUUAGAUGCAAGGUGAAGAUAGAAAAAUUUGUCUGGAAAUCAGUCUCUAUGACAUUGCUGGGAAUCCUGGAAUGCAUUAUUGUAAAAUAAUAUUUUUUAUGAAGUAGGGUGGUGUCAAGAGUUACUUGACUUUGCAGACUUUUAUUUGCAUAUUAAUACAAUGAAAAGGAAACGGAAUCCUCUUGUACCUUACAGAUCUUUUUUCUUAUGCUUCACUAAAAGGCAAUAGUUAAUAUUGGCCUAACACAGUUACUGUAAUACUGUAUGUUUUUUAAAAACUAAUUCAAUGGCAUAAUUCGUUCUCGCUGCUGUAUUUCCUGCUUAAAUGUCUUUAUGGAUACUUGAAUCAUUUUUUAUUAUUUUCAAAGUCAUGUUUAUUUAAAAAGCACUUUUGACAAAGCUGACUUUUUCAAAGCUUUGCACAAUUUACACAAUGUUUCUAUGAGGUCAUCUUCAUUGAAGUUCAGAUAUUAGGGUCACCACCUUCUGACACCUAAUAGAAUAGAAUGUAAUGGAAUAUAUAACUCACAAUAUUUAUAGAGAAGAACAAUAUUUAUUAUAAACGAAUGACCACAUGACAAUUAACAUAUAAGUCUAUAAAAUUCUGUAAACAAG